AAGCGUAUUGACGCAACAUCCGCCCCUGCGCAGUGCGCGUUUUACACCAACGACGUGAAGAUGAGUCUCGUCUACAAUUUGUUCCUCAGGAAAACGUCUGCUUUCGCUGUAACCGUCAUGGUUGGAGCAGUGUUGUUUGAACGGGUAUUUGACCAAGGCGGCGACGCUCUUUUUGAGGAACUGAACCGCGGGAAACUAUGGAAACACAUCAAACACAACUACGAGAAGAAAGACGACGAAUAAGACGCGUCCCGGGGUCAUCUAAGGCUAAAGUGCAACUGUUGUCACACUUCCACUACCCAUUCUUCCUGGACUACACACCUGAAACAAGCAGCAGUCAACAUGGACAAUGUGUUCAAAGUCAUGCCCAGGCUGGCAGCGGCUACCAGAGGAGCUGUGGGGGCUGACUGACUGUCCAGACCACCGUGGAGAUGGAGCAACGGUUCCUGUCGCCUUGUGCCCGGUCCUUGUUGUUGUUUGUAACGCCCUGGUUCUCCUCACAGAUUGUACAUUGCUAAAUUAAACAUGUGUAAAUGUCUUACACAUCUCGCAGUGUUUUGAUUUGCCACAUGGAGCAUGGCGUGAAUGUCUCAGUGCGAUUGGCUCACUUUUAAUUUGCUACUUUUCUGAGACACAAUUAGCAUUUUCACAGACAUACACUCUGGUCAUGUUAUGUAAUGUGAACCUGUGUGUGUACAGCUUAACAUACUAAUUAAAUGAUUAUUUCUGUAAUGGG